GUAGUAUACAAGAAAAGGAGAACAGAAUCUUGAAUGUGACCACCAAUUAUUCAAUUGUUCUUUGUAAUAAGUUAUUGCUAAUUUAUAACAUAACUUGGUACGUGAAGGCAACGGCUUUUUCGACACAUAUACUAAUUGAUUGGCGAAUUAGGCGUAAGAUAAAAUGUCCCUUCGAAAGACGUCCACGCAUACUCUGGGCAAGAAACAACUCAAGGAAAAAAUCGUUCAAAUCUAUGAACAGCUUCUGCAGUAUUAUUGCUUUUUUUAGGGAGAGGACCCAUCACUUUCAAAUACAAAUUUUUGGGACGAGUUCUUCCUCUUGAAACCCAAGCCUAGUAUUCUCGAGCAGGAGAUCGCUAAAGCUCGAGACCAGUUGUCAUUCGUCAAGCCCGUCAUUCGGUCUUUGUUCAUAAACUGCGUUAAUGUUCUUGGUGAUUCCACUUCAAGCUCUUAUCACAUCAAAAUAUGCAACUCGUUCCAGACAAUGACGGGAAUCAUUGAUGGAGUCGUUAAACUCAUCAAAACAGAAUUUGGAUAUGAUCUGCUAGAUGCCUUAAUGGGAUUUGAAAAUGCACCGAGGAUUAUUAACUCACUGUUAAACCAUUCGUCUGCUAUUCUAUCUGGAUCACAAGAUUUCCCAAAAUGUGUAAAGGAAUCAUGCAUGCACUUCCUGCUAAUGAUGAUGACCUCGACAGAAAUUUUGUCCAAGAAUAAACUGAUGGAGUACGUUGUCACCAACAGCAGUUUGCUAGAGUGUCUGUUUCUACUGUUGAGUCAAACAGACACUCGAAUUGAUUUUGGACAUGACUGCCUUGUCAUGCUCGUCUUAUUGGUGAAUUAUGAGAAGGACCGACCGAAUGACUGUGCUGUGAGAUUAUCGCUGUUGGAUGAUCAUUUGACUUUGAAUGGUUACAGCCAAUCAAUCACUGCUGGUCUCUCUGAAUUUUGCGUGCAAAAUUUUGUUUCUUCCGACAAUAAUUCUGGAUGGUUUCAUUCCAUUACGUCGAUGGUUGGUUCGAUGUUUGUAACUGAUGAAAAUUCAAAAAAUGAGAGCCUUUGUGGUGCAAAGAUUGGCUUGUUGGUCGCAUUUUACGAAGCGGCCCACCUUAAUCGCAAUUUUAUGACAACGCUUGCAAACACCAAAACAGACACAAGCCCAAAUAACACUCUAUCGCAAAAUGUGACAUCACCACUCCAGUUGCCUCCGUCAAAUCUUCUUGUUACAUUUAUGGAAUACACGUCCUUAAUUAUGGCGACUCAAGAUGUAAAGUCAGAAUCCAGCUCAAAUCUGGUGAAACUUUGUUUCAUAAUUCUGACUUGCAUAGCAGAAGACCAGUAUGCGAAUGCUUUAAUGAGUGAUCCACAUUUAGUAUUUCGGGUACACUUGCACCGUGUUCCUAUGAGACAUCGUAAAGUCGCUGCAGAUACAAAGCCUCCAGUUUCACUAGUUUGCGCUUUGAUGGAUCUCAUGGUAGAAUUCUUGAUGACACAUUUGACUAAGCGAUUACCAUAUGAAAUGUACAUACAGAGUGCUGGUAUUAUUCAUCGGGUUUUAUGCUACCAGAAAAAGUCUAGAACCAAAAUUUCUUACGAUUGGAGGCAAUUAUGGAGUGCUUGGUUCACUGUGAUCAAAUUUGUCGUAUCUAACGAAGUUUCUCUGAUAAAGAAAUUCGACAUUUUUUAUUUGGCCUUGCAAAUUGUUAACAUGAUCAAUUUGUUUAUCACGUAUGGAGACACUUUCCUCUUGACAGCAAACUCUUAUGACGAGCUCUACUACGAGAUUAUCCGUUGCCAGCAAACGUUUGAUGGACUAUAUUCUCUAACUGCUCGAUUUACAACCAAUGGUAGCGAACAUCAAAUAAGUGCAACAAAGCUACUGUAUGCGUUAUGCAACGUUCGUGCAAUAUUAACGCAUUUUUCUCCCAAGAUUGAUGAAUUUUUAACUAGUCAGAACAUAAGUACUCCAACAGAAGAACAGAUAAUUGAAGUCGUCCGCAACAAUUAUGAAAGCUUAACACUAAAGAUUCCGGACAGCUUUGACCAAUUCGAGAGAUACUCAGAAAUCCCCAAGCAUGCUUCAUUCUUCACCUCUGUGAUAAGAGUAGUAAUUAAGGACACCCGUCAUAAAUUUGUGUGCAAAAAUAUCGAUUAUACUCCGAUUUUGGUUGGAGAAUAAACGAUAUCCUUAUAUAUUCACUAGUUGCGAGCAUGUGUAUAGUAAAUAUAGAAGAUAAUAUAAAAUGGAACUCAAACUUUCCAGACUACCAAAGAAAAUUGAAUGAUGGAUUCCUCUUCAAAUAUUUGUUUUCAGUUUUCCUUUUUGUCAACGACUUGUAUUGUAUGUAAACUAUUUCUUACAGAAUCAACCUAGGUUUUUAUAUAUACACGCCAGUUUUAUUAGUAAUAAACAGUAUGUAUUUAGUGGAGGAAAUAAAAACUGUAUUAUUCCUAUUAAUAUGUUCAUUUCAUAUUUAUGUGACUACGUUAAUAAAGAAAAUAAUAAUUGUACCAUCACCAAAGAAAGUA